AUGGCUUCCAACACGGGCACCAUGGCCAACCUCCCCAGAGGGAUCGGAAUAUGUACCACCAUCCCCGACAUCUUCUACCUGCCGGAACUGAUUUUCGGCGGGCUGGUGUGGAUCCUGGUGGCGUGCACGCUGGUGGUGCCGGCGAACCCCCAGGCCUGGGUCAUGUUCGUGUCCCUCUUCUGCUUCAUCAUGACCUUCAGCUGGAUGGUGGUGUUCGCCUGCGACGGCCAUCACAACAGCAGCAGCUGGGCGGCAGCAGACUUUGCGUAUCACGGCAUCGCCGCCUUCUUCUACCUCAGCGCCGCUGUGACUUUGGCCAAAGUGACCCUGGACUACAACGACGGGACCCUCUCCAAAAACUACAAGCUGGACAUCUCUGCAGUGGUCUUCUCGUACGUGGCGACGCUCCUCUACUUCAUCCACACCAUCCUGUCGGCCAUCCGCUGGAAGUCCUUCUAGCAGCGCGCUGACGCUGACCGAGACCCACUGCUGAGGUUUUUCAUUCAGGAAUCUGUGAGGCAACAUCUGGAUCGCCGUCGCAUCGCUCAGCGUCCGGCUGGCUGAAGCACCAGGGGUUUCGGGGAUUUAAAGUGACGAUGGUUGUGUCAAAUGAAGGAGUUCAGUCAACAGCCAGAGUCACAAAAAACACAAACAAUUUGAAUCUUUGUCACACUGGUUUUACUGCAGGGCUAUUUCUGAGGGUUUCUAUUAUUCUGUCCACCCUCACGUGUUGUCAUGUGCUCCUCCUCGGAGCUUCUUUACCGCUUUCCCUUUAGUUACAU